AUGCAAGACUCCUUAAAUUCAAGUUUAGAUUCAAUUGAAUUAGAGAUAUACCACAAACCUAAUCCAAAGAUCAAAUCAAUUAUGGAGUAUUUAAGAAAAUUAAAUUUAUAAUUUUGCACAGACCCAAAAAAAAAAUAAGAUGAUUAUUUUUCAAACUUAACUGAAACCAAAGCCUAAUUUUCGUUGAGAAGAAAUAAAUUUGUAAAUAGAAAAAAAAAUGAAAUCUCAAUAGAUUGUCCAGCUCUUUGA